UGCGGCGGUUGUGGCUGAGUGGUAUUCGUUUGCUAUAUGGGUGUGUGGCAGCGAUUGUGGAUUGACAGGAGCUGGUUAAGCUUGCGGACGGUGGUCACGACGUUCAGCAGGUGACCAGCCAGCCGGCGCCAUGCUGCUGCGCCCCGCCGUGCCGUUCAGCCGGGCGCUGUGCCGUCAGACGCGGCUGCGUCACCAGCUGGGCCGUGCCUGUGCCGCCUCCUUCCAGACGCGCGCGCUGGCCGACGCGCUGCGGCCGCCGGGCGCCACACUGUGCGCGCGCGCGCUGCCGCGGCCGCCGACCUGGGCGCGCCGGUACUCGUCCCAAGAUUUGCCGGCGCACCACAAAAUUGUGCUGCCAGCGCUUUCUCCCACCAUGGAGUCGGGUUCCAUCAUCAGCUGGGAAAAGGCUGAGGGCGACCAUGUGGCCGAGGGCGACCUGCUGGCCGAGAUCGAGACCGACAAGGCGAGCAUGGGCUUCGAGAACUCGGACGAAGGCUACCUGGCCAAGAUUCUGGUUCCCGCCGGGACAAAGGACAUCCCGCUUGGUAAACUGCUCUGCAUCAUCGUCGACAACAAGGAGGACAUCGACAAGUUCAAAGACUAUGUGGACACGUCGGGGCCGGCGCCGCCUUCAGCACCAUCCCCGCCGCAGGAGAAGGCCGCCGCGCCCGCCGCCGCGCCCGCUCCGCCGCCUCCUGCCGCCGCUGCUGCUUCUCCGGCCGCCGUCCCGGCGCCCUCCGCUGGACCUCCCACUGGCCGCAUCAUGGCUAGUCCACGCGCGCGCCGGCUGGCCGCCGAACAGGGCGUGGACUUGGCCUCGCUGCGCCCGGGCAGCGACGGCCUCGUGCGCGCCGCCCAGGUGACGGCCGCGCCCGCCGCCGCGCCGGUCUCCGCUGCCGCCCAGCCGUCCGCCGCGCACGACGAUCUGGAGUUGUCGGCCAUGCGCAAAACGAUCGCUAAGCGGCUGCUACAGUCGAAGCAGACCAUCCCGCACUACUACCUGUCCGCCACCAUCGACAUGACGCACGUGACGCGCGUACGCGCCGAAGCCAACCAGCGCGCUGGGAAGGACGGCGUCCGGCUCAGCAUUAACGACUUCGUCAUCAAGGCGGCGGCGCUGGCCUGCGCCAAGGUGCCGGCCGUCAACUCGUCCUGGAUGGACACGUUCAUACGUCAGUACCGGUCGGUGGACGUGAGCGUGGCCGUCUCCACCGAGCAGGGGCUCAUCACGCCGAUUGUGUUCGGCGCCGAGGCGCGCGGCGUGGCAGACAUCUCGGCGGAGGUGCGCCGGCUGGCCGAGCGCGCGCGCGCCCGCCAGCUGCAGCCGCGCGAGUACCAGGGCGGUACAUUCAGCAUCAGCAAUCUGGGCAUGUUUGGCGUGAAGAACUUCGCAGCCAUCGUGAACCCGCCACAGGCGUGCAUCCUGGCGGUGGGCGGCGUCGAGCAGAAGCUGGUGCCGGGCGAGGCGGGGCCGCGCACCAUCGACGCCAUGGCUGUCACGCUCUCCUGCGACCACCGUGUGGUGGAUGGCGCGGUGGGCGCCCAGUGGCUGGCCGUCUUCCGCGGCUUGCUCGAGCAGCCGGUUACUAUGAUUCUGUGAGAGUCGGCAGCGGCGGCCGUAGUGGGGCUUCUUACCUCGCCGCGCGCGCCAGCGUGGCGACGCCGACAAUACUGAUCAGGGUGGGGCGGCAGCCGUCGUGGCAGGGCAGGGUCCGCUCCUCGGUUGCACGCGACGGCGGAGGCGCGGAGCUCGCCGUCCCCGACAGCCGUUCGUGAGGCGCGUACGGAACGCGGGUCGGGUGGCGGGUGGAGGCCGUUAAGCGAUCUGGAUGUGGUUCGUUUUGUUAACUGAGUACGUGUGUGUUGUUACUUUGUGAGGUGUCGUGGUUCGGUUCUUGACUGAUCUGACAUUAAAGUCAGUUGGGCGCAGAAAGUG